AUGCGGCGCGUCCAGCAGCAGCGCGUUGGCGCAUUCGAUAAACUUAAGACUUUGUUUUCCAGAGCUCCUGUGCUGAUCCAGCCAGAUCCAUCUAAACAAUUCAUCCUCGAAGGAGACGCUUCCGACUCUGGUGUGGGGGCAGUCUUAUCCAAAAGACUCGACGCGGAUCAAAGAGUUCAUCCAUGUGCCUUCUUCUCUGGUAGACUUUACCCCACAGAGCAGAACUACGACGUUGGAGACCGAGAACUCUUGGCCAUCAAGCUGGCAUUGGAGGAAUGGAGACACUGGCUGGAGGGAGCUGAGCACCCGGUUCUUGUUUGGACAGAUCACAAGAACCUAGCCUACAUCCAGUCUGCAAAACAAGCCAAUCCUCGUCAGUCUAGGUGGUCCCUAUUUUUCUCUCGUUUCAACCUCAUUAUUUCUUACAGACCCGGAUCAAAGAACGUCAAACCCGAUUCUCUCUCUCGUCUUUACUCCGUUGAUCAAUCCGAGACGCCUGAACCUGUCCUUCCCGCAUCCUGCACUGUUGGAGUGGUCACCUGGGAGAUCACCGAUCUUAUUAACUCUGCCCUGGCUUCUGAACCUGACCCAGAAAUAAGGCUUCACACCAACCACCCUCAGGUCUGUUGCAUCCUCUCCCAGUUCCCACUCGCCCCUGGUCUCACAUUGCUAUCGACUUCGUCACUGGUCUCCCUAUCUCCCAAGUAUGCCCUGUACACUGUGCUGGAUGUGCCCUAUGACUUCUCCAUUAAAGACAUGCCAAACUUGAGAAACUGGUGGUGCGUCAUGUUAAUGGAGAAUCUGGAACUUGGCAGUGAGUUUGCAGCUGUGGUGACGGUCAGAGUUUCAGCAGCUGUGAAUAAAAACAUGUUGCUGGGUGAUGAUGGUUGGUUCAUCAUGAAGGUCGUGCUGCUGCUCAUGCUCCUCACAGUGUCAGGAUGUGAAAGCAUCAGAGUUGUUGGUCAAACAGGUCAGAAUGUGACUCUGAACUGUACAUAUGAUAUCAUUAAGAUGGGAGCGUUGCAUGCUUGCUGGAAUAAAGGACAGAUACCGAAUUGGGGACGCUGCAACAAUAAGCUGAUCUCUACAGAUGGAUAUAAAGUUAUAAAGGAGACCAGAGUUUCCAGCAGGUAUCAGCUACUGGGACGACUGGAUGAAGGAGACGUUUCUCUGACAAUCCUGAACCUCACUGAGGAAGAUGCUGGACUUUAUGGAUGCAGAGUGGAGAUACCUGGGUGGAACAAUGAUCAGAAACAUCAUUUUGUGUUGUUUGUUGAAAAAGCUCCAGACCUGUCAACGUCAGCGCCAUCAGGCACACUGACGCAAACACAGAGGACAGAUGCUUCUCAGACAACAGAUCUCAUGACCACAGACAACCUCCUGACUCCCUACACCAACAGCAGCAACACAGCUGAGCUUCAGCAGAAGGGCAACAUGCUGACGGUGGUUCUGGUGUGCGUUCUGUUCUUCUUGGUGGUUCUUGUCACUAUAAUCGGACUCUUCAUUAUGGCCAGAAGAUGGGGGCAGCUCAAACUGACUCUACAACAGCGGCGGCAGCCAGACCAGUUUACCUCCACCUCUUCCACCCUGCAGCUGCACCAUCGAGGCUCGGCGAUAGAGAACAUCUAUCAAAUAGACGGAGGCCCUGAGGGAGGCGACUACGAGGUCUGCCCCUGAGCUCUGAGGCUGGGUCCCUUUUCUUUACAGCUGACAUCAUUUAAUGCAGCAGCGUCAUAGAAACAUGUAGCGGGACAAAUGAAGCAGCAUCAUCUUCAGUCAGAGAGGUGUACUGAGGAUCAUCCAAUCAGAACAUCAGCUCUACUGCGUCUCUGAGGUUAAGGUUCAUAUCAGAGGAUGUUGGAAGCAGAUAAACUCAGAAGAAAUGUCUAGAAACUGCUCUGGUUUUCCCUGUGGCAUUAAACUAGAGUAGAUUACAUAGGACCGCAUUAUAACCCAACUGGGCCAGACCCAGCAGGAGGUUUUAAAACAAGCAUACUCUGCCAGAACAAUAAAGGCCCAGAUUUAACACCAGGAAACAGCGACGGCUUCCUCCUUUUACAAACUGUGCUUCUGUUAGAUAUUAUUUUAAGCUGUGAGAUAAAAUCAUCAGUUAAUAAUGUGGAUUUGACUAAAUACAUGAUAUAUGUAUAUAUCUAUAUGUGUACUAUGUUCUUUGCUAUGACAGUCUCUCUAACAUGGUUAACAGUCAUUUGAAUGGCAGAACAAACUUUGUUGUUUUCCAUCUGAAUCCAGUAG